AUGACCAAGAUCAAAAAACGUGCCACGCCAUCUGCGCCCGGCCUUCUUAUCCUCCAACUGGUGGCCCCAGUUAUCCGCUCCUAUUUCGACAGCGGCUCCAAAAGUGACAGCCACGUGGAUCGGGGGGACUGGAGUGUUGGCGUGGGGGGCGGGGCUGGAAGGGAGCCGGAGAUGGGAAAAAGGACCCGGUCGCGUACGCGCGCCGAGGCGCCGGCUGCCAAGCGACGCCGCCGGGAGCGACGCUACAUCAAGCCGGUGCCGGGCCUGGCCCUCAGGGAGUACCUUUAUGGCGCCGGCGGGACUGAGGAGCCCUCGGGCGGGCCCCCCGAGGGCGGCGCGACCCCGACCCCGGAGACCCCCGCCCCGCCGACGCGGGAGACCUGCUACUUCCUCAACGCCACCAUCCUGUUCCUGUUCCGGGAGCUGCGGGACACCGCGCUGGCCCGCCGCUGGGUCACCAAGAAGAUCAAGGUGGAGUUCGAGGAGCUGCUGCAGACCAAGACGGCCGGGCGCCUGCUGGAGGGGCUGAGCCUGCGGGACGUGUUCCUGGGCGAAACAGUGCCCUUCAUCAAGACCAUCCGGCUCGUCCGGCCCGUGGUGCCCUCGGCCAGCGGAGAGCCCGACGGCCCCGAGGGGGAGGCGCUGCCCGCCACCUGCCCCGAGGAGCUGGCCUUCGAGGCAGAGGUGGAGUACAACGGGGGCUUCCACCUGGCCAUCGACGUGGACUUAGUCUUCGGCAAGUCCGCCUACCUGUUCGUCAAGUUGUCCCGAGUGGUGGGGAGGCUGCGCUUCGUCCUCACGCGCGUGCCCUUCACCCACUGGUUCUUCUCCUUCGUGGAGGACCCGCUGAUCGACUUCGAGGUGCGUUCCCAGUUUGAAGGGCGGCCCAUGCCCCAGCUCACCUCCAUCAUCGUCAACCAGCUCAAGAAAAUCAUCAAGCGCAAGCACACCCUUCCGAGUUACAAGAUCAGGUUUAAGCCGUUUUUUCCAUUCCAAACCUUGCAAGGAUUUGAAGAUGAAGAAGAGCAUAUCCAUAUACAACAAUGGGCACUUACAGAAGGGCGCCUUAAAGUUACAUUGUUAGAAUGUAGCAGGUUACUCAUUUUUGGAUCCUAUGACAGAGAGGCAAAUAUUCAUUGCACACUUGAGUUGAGCAGUAGUGUUUGGGAAGAAAAACAAAGGAGUUCUAUUAAGACGGUUGAAUUAAUAAAGGGGAAUUUACAGAGUGUUGGACUUGCAGUUCGUCUUGUCCAGUCAACUGACGGGUAUGCUGGGCAUGUCAUAGUUGAGACUGUGGCCCCAAACUCACCUGCUGCAAUUGCAGAUCUUCAGCGAGGAGAUCGACUGAUUGCUAUUGGAGGAGUGAAAAUCACAUCCACACUGCAAGUGUUGAAGCUUAUCAAGCAGGCUGGUGACCGAGUCUUGGUGUAUUAUGAAAGGCCUGUUGGCCAGAGUAAUCAAGGUACAGUGCUGCAAGAUAAUUUUGGACAGUUGGAAGAAAACUUUCUGUCAAGCUCAUGCCAACCAAAUUACGAAGAGGAAGCAACUGGGUUGGCAGUAGAUACUGAAAACAGAGACCUGGAUUCUGAAUUUGAAGACUUGGCAAGUGACGUCAGAACACAAACUGAAUUCAGAGAGGAGGCGCAGUCAGUAAGUCAUAGUCCUAAACGUACUCCAACAACACUUUCCGUUAGACCCCUUGGAACGGUAUCACCAGUUUUAAACCGUAAAUUAGUUGUAGGAAGUCACCCACCACCACCAAAACUUCCAUCCAAAGAAGGAAAUAAGCCCUUAGCCCUAAAACCUGAGAUAACAGACCCAGCACAAGUGUCAAAACCCACCCAAGGAUCCACUUUCAAACCACCUGUGCCACCACGACCACAAGUGAAAGUUCCUUUGCCUUCUGCUGAUGUCCCAAAUCAGGUGGAACCAGACGUUCUUGCUGAAAAGCCAGAAAAGGUACUGCCUCCUCCUCCUGCAGAUAAACCUGCUGAAAAGCAAGCAAAAAAUAUAGAAAACAUAGAAGAUGUAGCUGCAACUAAGCAGUUUUUAGCAAAACAGGAAGUGGCGAGAGACUUAACUUCAGAGAGUUCCUGCCCUCCUAAGGACAGUUCAGAUGACCCUCAGACAUGGGAAUCAUCAGAAAUUCCUUAUCGUAAUAAGCUAGGAAAAUGGACAAGAGCCGGAGCAGCCUGUCUCUUUGACAUAGAAGCCUGCCACAGAUACUUAAACAUUGCACUGUGGUGCAAGGAUCCUUUCAAGUUAGGGGGGCUCACCUGUUUGGGGCACGUUAGCCUGAAACUCGAAGAGGUGGCUUUAGGGUGCCUCGCUACAUCAAACAUGGAGUACCUUUCCAAGUUCAGGCUGGAAGCGCCAUCACCUAAAGCCAUGGUCACGAGAACCGCACUACGCAACCUGAGCAUGCAAAAGGGAUUCAAUGACAAAUUUUGCUUUGGUGAUAUAACUAUUCACUUCAAAUAUUUGAAAGAAGGAGAACCAGACCACCCUAUAGUUACUAACUUGGAGAAAGAAAAAGAACUUCACUUGGUCGAAGAGGUUCCUGCCUUAGCGAAAGAGGAGCAGCACUGUGUUGGACAGAUGGGUUUAACAGAAAAUAAACACAGUUUCCAGGAUACUCAGUUCCAGAACCCAACUUGGUGUGAUUACUGCAAGAAAAAAGUCUGGACUAAAGCCGCUUCCCAGUGUAUGUUCUGUGCUUAUGUUUGCCAUAAAAAAUGUCAGGAAAAGUGUCUAGCGGAGACGCCUCUUUGUGGAGCAACUGAUAGGCGGAUAGACCGGGCCCUGAAAAACCUCAGGCUGGACGGACAAGACACCCUCUUAGGCCUGCCUCCUCGUGCUGAUGCUGAAGCCAGCAAGUCAGUCAAUAAAACAACAGGCUUGACGAGACAUAUUAUCAAUACUAGUUCUCGUUUGUUAAACUUGCGUCAGGCCUCUAAAACUCGCCUUGCUGAACCAGGAACUGAUCUAGUGGAACCUUCACCAAAACACACACCCAACACGUCAGACAACGAAGGCAGUGACACAGAGGUCUGUGGUCCAAACAGUCCUUCUAAACGGGGAAAUAACACAGGAAUAAAGUUAGUGAGAAAGGAGGGUGGUCUGGAUGACAGCGUCUUCAUCGCAGUUAAAGAAAUUGGUCGUGACCUGUACAGGGGUUUGCCCACAGAGGAAAGGAUCCAGAAACUAGAGUUCAUGCUUGAUAAACUGCAGAAUGAGAUCGAUCAAGAGUUGGAACAUAAUAAUUCCCUUGUUAGAGAAGAAAAAGAGACAACCGACACAAGGAAAAAAUCCCUUCUUUCUGCAGCUUUGGCUAAAUCAGGUGAAAGACUACAGGCUCUAACACUUCUUAUGAUCCACUACAGAGCAGGCAUUGAAGAUAUCGAAUCUUUAGAAAGUUUGUCUUUAGACCAGCACGCCAAAAAAAUAAGCAAGUACACAGAUGAUACAGAAGAAGAUCUUGAUAAUGAAAUAACCCAACUAAUAGACUCUCAGCCAUUCAGCAGCAUAUCAGAUGACUUAUUUGGCCCAGCCGAGUCUGUGUAACAAACAGUCUAUUUAAACUUUGAGGUGUUGAGAAAGUUUGAUCUAACGUACCACAGAUACAACCACGUUUAAACCCUCUAAUAACGCACUUCGGCCUGCUUCUCCACCGUUCUUUGCUUAUGUAAGAAGAAUGGAAAGGUGGUUUUUCAGCAAAAACAUGACCGGCUCACGAAAUUGGUUGUUUCAGAUUGCAUUUAUAGCUAUGUUUUUUGGGUUUAUACUGGGAAUUUAUUUUUACUAAUUUAUUUUUAACUUUUUCUAAUUAUGGAAUUAUGUAAGCUAACUUUUCCUGUUUAUGUAUGUGAUGUCUAGUGCUACUUACCGUCCUCUGAGUUUUUGAAUUAGUGUUAAAUAGGAUACUGUCCAGAUUCUCAUAAUAUUUUUAUUUCUAUCAUGGUUAUAACCAAUCUGCUGCAUGCCUGAGCCGACAGCAGCAAUCAUUGAGGGAGCAGGUUUGACUCUUUGUGUUAUGAAAUUUGUCAUCUCUACUCGAGAUUUUUAUGAUUUGGGGGUUUUGGAGGUGCUUUUUGUUUUGUUUUUGCCAAAUGUAACAUAAAAGCAGACACUGGUUUUAGUCAGUUAUGCUGAUUUAGUAAAAAAAAAAAAAUUUCAUAUAUCGUUUGCUUCCUAUGCCUCUGAAAUUUUUUUCUGGAGUUUUUAUGCAGUUGAAAUAUAGGAAGAAUAUAGUGAUAAUUUGAAGAGCUUGCAUUGAAAAACAGUGUCAUAGGGAAUAAAUAAAGAAUGCAGUUGGUAAAGAAGUUUGUAGAGAAGAUAAUGAGAUUACUAAAAAAGAGUAAUCAGUAGGAUUAUAAUCUUUCAAAAUGUUGCUUUCCUUUGAAAUGGAAUUUCUAAACAUUGAUUACUUUUCAUUUGCAGUUCUCCCUAGGAAGUAAAGCAUGUGCAAGGAUAUUUAAAGUUUCAGAGGACUGUUCUUAAAAUGACUGUUAACUGAUUUGGGCUGAUUUUAGGAACAUUUUCAUGCAGGAGAAUGUGAAAAAGAGGGAUCAUGCGAAAUAGGUGUAUUGCUUUGACAUCCUGUAGGCUUAAAUGAACAGUGAUCAUUCUGAAUGCUUCUGGAGCUCAGACGAUCUUAAUGCAUUUAAAAAAACAGACAGUAUAGAUCUAUAGGAAUGGGGACCAGUUCUCUUAAAAUGAAGAUCUAUUGAUGUUUGGUUCUUCAUGUGGAUCCCAGUAACACGUGACUGAGGGAAACCCUGUGAGCGUGAUCUCUGUGGUAUACCGUAAAGCCUGGCCUGUCAUACGCCUAUAAAAUAUGGAUAUGUUUUUCCCCUUUUGUAGGUAACUACUAUGAUAAUUGAUAUAUAGUGAAACUGAUAUGAAUUUAAAGCGAGAUGGGACAGCUUAUAUGGUGGACAGGAAAAGGCAUCGUAGAAUUAAUAGUAAGGGUUCUGGCCCAUGUCCAUAACCCUGGAUGCCAUACAAGAGUUUUAAGUUCAGGCUCUUCCACUGGCCAUGAAUGAACCAUAUAACUAUAGACAAGCCACAGAAAGGCUCCAUGUUGCAGUCUCCCCAGCUCUGAAGUAGGAAUAAACAAGAUUAACUACCUCACAGGAUUGUUGUGAGGGAAACAACAGCAUAAUUGCAAAAGUGCUCUGUUCAGUAAAAAGCUAUUCACAUCAAAGGUAUGACUUACAUGGAUGAUAAAAAGAAUGUUUUUGAGGGUAGAAAAGUUAUUCCAUUUUUAAAAUCAAUAGCCAAUUCUCAUUUCUGUCAGUAAGUGAAAUAUUAGGAACCUACUUUCUUGACCAAUAACGAAAAUAUAUCUGUGUGUACCCUUUUUUUGUUGUUUAAGCAUGCUUGCAUUUUAAGAGAACACUGCUAUAGAAGUCUUUAUACACAAAAUUCUCUGAAAGCUAAAAUGCUGUUCUGUAACAUAUGCUUGAAAUAAUCUGCCCAGUUUAAUAACCAACUUUCAUCUUAUUAUAAAAAACAACUUACCAUUGGUAACCUGGAAGGCAGAGUGUCUGUAAGUGGCCAGUGUUUAUGGAUCAUACCAUGGAAGUUUUAGUGACAUCCAAGCAUGCUGCUGAAACUGAUGCACUUGAAAGAGCUGUAGAAAUAAUGCAAAACUUUGGUUUCAUAAAAAAAAUACUCAUGUUUUAAAAGUAUUUAAUUCUGUAGAACCACAAUUAUGGAAAGCUCGGUAAUGCUGCUAACUAUAUUUGUAAAAUAUACCUUUAAUGUAGUGCAAUAUUUUUAUAUAUAUAUAUUGGGAGAAGCAGUAGAGGCAUCACAGCUGUACCUUAGUGCAGGCGGGGACACUCCAAAUGGCCUAGGGGGAUAGUAAGGUCUAAGGCUUCAAUGAAAACAGUUGUAUUAUAUUACAUUCCUGAUGUAAUCUUGCUGCCAUGCUAUGUUAUCAAUAGCUUAAAAAUAAUAAAUAAAAACUACCACAGAAAACAA